GCUGUUUUGUUGUCAGGUCUGAGCUUUAGGUGUUUUAACCUCGCUAGCAAUCAUGUCUGGUCGUGGCAAGCAAGGAGGCAAGGCCCGCGCCAAGGCCAAGUCGCGCUCGUCCCGCGCCGGCCUGCAGUUCCCAGUGGGCCGCGUGCACCGGCUGCUGCGUAAGGGCAACUACGCCGAGCGGGUGGGGGCCGGCGCUCCCGUCUACAUGGCGGCCGUGCUGGAGUACCUGACGGCCGAGAUCCUGGAGCUGGCGGGCAACGCGGCCCGCGACAACAAGAAGACGCGUAUCAUCCCCCGCCACCUGCAGCUGGCCAUCCGCAACGACGAGGAGCUCAACAAGCUGCUGGGCAAGGUCACCAUCGCCCAGGGCGGCGUCCUGCCCAACAUCCAGGCCGUUCUCUUACCAAAGAAAACUGAAAGCCACAAAGCCAAAAGUAAAUAAAUCCUGACAAGCCAAAGA